AUGCCUUCAUCUUCUAGUCUAGAGAGAGAGAUAGACGACUACCAGGACGGUUCUUCUGAGAGUGACGGUAGUGUAGAUAGUUCGUCCUGUAGUGACUCCUCAGACGAGCAUUACUCGUCUGGGGUUCCUGGGAUUCCCUUAGAGGAAUUUCAGGAACAACAACGUAGGGCGGCUUCUGGAUCUGGGGCUAGCUCGUCCAGACAGCCAUCAAGUCCUCCUCAAGACGAGGAAGAGGACGAAGAUGUAAUCUAUAGUUGUGCCCCAGAGGUAGCGUCCACCUUAGACGAUGCUAAGUUAAAAACUCUUGUAGAUAGAUACCAAAUCCCUAAAGAGCUUAACCCUCGUCUACCCCAGCCUGGAGAAUGGUGUUGUUCCCCUUCCUCAGGCUUAGGGGUAUACGCUUCUUACCUAUUAGCUGGCCUUAGGUUUCCCUUAAACUCUUUCUGCAGAGACCUCUUCCAAAGGUUGGGUAUUGGGCCAAACCAGCUCAAUCCCAAUGGUUGGAGGACGAUAGUUGCCAUGCAAGUAUUAUGGCGUGAGGCAUUGGAAGGGAACCGUCCAAUUACAGUGGACGAGUUCCUUUACUGUUAUAAGCCCUCAGAGAUCAAAAAAUCUGCUGGGUUCUACCAGUUCUCGUCCAGAGGUUCGUAUUACAGUUUAAUAACGGGCCGUAGUUCGUCUGACCGUCUUUGGAAAAAAGAAUUUUUUAUUAUUUCUGGAAAUUGGGCUGGGGACCCAGCUGAUGUGGGUAUUCCCUCCUUCCCUCCUUUUACCAGCCCUCUAGGUCGUCUUCGCCCUGAGGCUGUCGUUCGUCCACGUUUGGAUAAGUUUUUCUUGGAUCAGAUAGAAGUGGUUCGCACUUUUCCAGGAAGGACUUUCCACGACUUGGUUACUUUUACUCGUCUAGCAACUUGGGGACUUGGUCCAAUCCCAACUGCUGAGAAUUUAAGUCACGAAGAGCUCACUCGUCGAAGGAUAAGCACGAUGAGGGAAAACAAAGAGAAAACAGUGGCUAGCGGGGACGAAGAUGCUGCUGCUCCUACUGUCAAAGUGGCUUCCGUCCAGGCUGGGAAGAGGAAGUCAAAACCAAUUUCAAGUACUGUGGACCUGGACGACCUUCCCAGUCGUCGUGGCCACAAGAAGCAAAAACAAAGGCCUUCCCUUCCAAAGGUUCCCAAGUUCGUGCCACCAACAGUGAACUUGGACGAGCCUGUGGUGGACGUGGAGCCCGUCCAAACGAUUCAUCCUGCUCCGUCUGAUCCUCCCCCAGCUCCCAAAACUUCUCAGAAGUCUGGCUCGUCUGAAUCCUCUGAUCGUCCCUCUAAUUUGGUUCUGGACGAGGGUUAUGCAUGGAGGACGUUCAAAGGGAUCGUCACUGAUCAUGAGGUUAACGAAUGCUACAACAUGUCAGUGAAGGAGUUUGAGCGUUCUGGCAUCCAUGACCUUUUCAAGGCUAUGUCAAAGUUUUAUACAGCGACCUGCCAGGCCAAGGAGCUUGCUACAGAGGCCAAGACAGCCAAGGAUAAGGCUAAGGAGCUGGGCCAUGAGGUUUUGCUUAAGAAAGGGGAGGUCAUCAGGUUGACAGAGGAUUUUAAUCGUCUGCUGGGAAGCGAGACGAAGUUGAAGAACGAAGUAGAGGAGCUCAAAGCUGACAACUUAGAGAAGGAUACCCGCAUCGUCCAUCUCGAGGGACAAGUUUCAGAGCUUACCUCGUCCUUGGAGAAGGCACGUGAGGAAGCAAUAGCUGCUUUUAAGAAAUCUGACGAGUACAAGAAUCGUCUAGACAGUCAUUAUGCAGCUGGGUAUGAAGACUUCCGUGCUGAUGCCAAGGAGGCGUAUCCUGAUUUGGACUUCAACUCGUUCAAGCUCCCUCUUGCUACAGAGAGUUCCGCGUUGCAGACGAGUUCCGAGGACGUCAACAUCAUGGACGAUGCUAACACUGAAGUCAUUCAGGACGAUCCCAAGACGAGCUUGCCCAAGUGA